AUCCCCGUCCUUUACCUUUACCGCCCACAAUCGAACAAAUCAUUUUUCACUUUACUUUCCUUCUACACCCCAACCGCGCAUAGCUCACUUUAUACUGCGUACAUAAACCCUACACAAUUCGUGUUGUGAGGAGACUGCUCACAUCUCUACUCAAUCACCCUCAAGUAUAGAAUAUCGAUCUUUACCUAAGAAGUCCAGAUCUUUAUAACAAAUCAAGAGCUAGCCUACGUCGUUCUCUACUCUCUGCAAGUUUUCUACUCACAAGAGAAGCGCCUCAUCCAGAAGAGUGCAUCAAUUCCCUCUUCGGGCAUUUACUCAACUAAGUUCCAGAACCAUCAACAACCAUGGCACCUAGAUUCGGAGGCGGUGAAAAAUGCGGCAUCUGCGAUAAGACCGUGUAUGCUCAGGAGAAGAUUGAAGCUGGAGGGGUACCCUUCCACAAGACCUGCUUCAAGUGCUCACACUGCAAGAUGUCGUUGAGCCUCCAGAACUACGCCCAGGCAGAGAAGAUUCUGUACUGCAAGAAUCACUACCAGUCCGAAGUUGUGGCGAAGAAUGCUCAGAUUGUGUCUUGAUGAGCAGAAAGAGGACAGACUCUCCUUCAGGGAACAUGCUGUAGAAACUAGCAGUACAUUUGUAUUUAACUCUGGUAGAUGUUACCAUAGCCUUGAGGAAGCGAGUGAUAUAAUGAAAGCUCUGUGCCUCCAACAGCUGAAAAGAAAAUCCGUCCACUAAGUGAGGGUUACGAUAUUAAGGCUAGACCAUUGAUACUGAAGAAAUGAAAAACUUACAAUGAUCACCCUAGAGACAAGAUUUUCAGAGAGCUUUGAAAUUGUCAAUUCUUUUGAGGAGCUGGAUUGAGUUGAAUGAUUUCGAGAGGUUGAAUUUGAACAAGAAAUAUAAGGCUUUUGCCUCUUUACAGCAGUUACUUUUUAGUGUCUUUCGAUUUUAUUGGUUUCUUUUUAUAAUUAAAGCAAAAUUCCUUUUCAGCUGUUGUGAUUCAUGUAAUUUUGAUGAAUUUUUGUUUUCACAAGGUGCUAUACUGUUCUUAAUCAGGCAUGACACAGAAUAAUGUUGAUUUAUGUUUUUGUUACACAUGCCUUACAUCACAUACCAUACAUUUCAUUUGAUGCAUUCUUACUUCAUUUCCAGUUUGUUGAAUAUAUAUAUAGAUGGAGGAAAGAAUUCAUUAUACCCUUUAGUACGUUUCAAGCAAUAAAA